UUAAUUAUUACAUUUAUACAUGAUACAGGAUCUUCAUUGGUAAAUAAUGUAUCGGACGAGAUUGAACCAUCAGCAAUAAAUAACGAUAAUGAUUAUGACGAUAUAUUAACAAUACAAACAGGGUGUGGUCGUGCGACAUGUGAUACGGCUGCAGAAGAAGAAGAAGAAGAGAAAAAAAAGGAGGAGGGAGAAGUGGAGAUAGAACAGCUUGAAGAAAGAGAGAAUAAGCAACACGUUCAAGAUUCUGAUGAAGUGGGUGAACCGACAUCAUUUAAUAUUUUACGAGAAAAUCGACGCUAUUUUCAACGAUUUGACACUCAUGGACAUGAGAUAACAUUCGUUGUACGACAACCGCCAGAAGGUUUCAAUCCUUUAAGAUGGUUAGAUAAAGUAUUUGCAGAAGUACAUGUAUAUCUUACAAAUUCGAGCAAUCCUGACGAUUAUAUAGGCGUGACAUUUACUGCUGAUACUCUUACCCAUGGGCCUGUGUGGCUGUCUUACCGUUAUGUACGAGAUUUUAGAAAUAUAGAUUUGUGGGAAUUAGUAAGUCGAGUCGCUCAAAGUGCCUCAGAUUUCCAUAUUAAUGAUAGCUGCACAUUAACAACUUGUAUAAUACGUCGCGUAAACGGUGGUUCACGCAGAAAACUAACCCUGGAUAAUGUGGCGAAACGAUCAAUAUUAUCAAUAACAAAUUCCGACAAUCUUUGCUUACCACGGUCGUUAGUAGCAGCACGAGCGUACGUGGAACGAGGUGAAAUUCGUUCGGGCGAAUUACACAAACAUUGGAUGUCUAUACGUUUAUCUCGCGGCAGAUUACAAAAAGAGAAGGCUCUCGAACUUGUAAGAAAUGCAAAAGUAAAUAUACCGGAUAAUGGAUGUACAAUAGAAGAAUUAGAACAAUUUCAAAAAUAUUUAGCGGAAUUUGGCAUCGCUAUCGUCUUAUAUGAAGUUGAAACACUAGGUUACGGUGGAGAAACUUUAUAUGACGGUACGAGAUAUGUAAUGAAUAUAUUUAAUAGUAUCACACACACAUUACGUCUUUUAUAUUAUCGUAGAAUACACCAUUUUGAACCUAUUUUAAACUUACGGGCUGCCGUAGGUAGUCGCGGUUUUUGUAUAGCUUGUAAUAUAGCGUAUACUAGAAUAAGUGAUCAUAAAUGUUUACAAAAAUGCAAUCGCUGUAUGGGGCAACCACCGUGCAUAACGGCUGUAAACCCUCAUAUUAAAUGUAAUUCUUGUAAAAGAUCUUUUUACAAUAAUAAUUGUUUUCAACGGCAUUUAAAACCCAUAACGUUAGACAAUAAAAAAAGAAAAGAUAAAAAAAGUGUGUGUGAUACAUUAAAAAUAUGUAAUAUAUGUUCAAGAUUUAUUUCAACAGAUAAAAAGCAAAAGCACGAUUGUAAUAUUACAUAUUGCAAAAUAUGUAAAGAUUUUUAUCCUAUUAAUCAUUUAUGUUACAUUCAACCUAUAAAACAAACUAAAAAUAAUCAGUCAAAAAUCGUUUUUUUAUUUUACGACUUUGAAACACAACAAAAUAUGCGUGUUAAAGGGGAUGAUAAAACGUUUGUACAUGUACCUAGCUUAUGCGUUGUUCAACAAGCGUGUAGUUAUUGUUUAAACGAUAACAGUGAUAUGUCAAAAAUAUGUCAAUAUUGCGGUGUGCGCGAAUAUGUAUUUAAUCAAGAUCCUGUAAAGCAAUUCGUUGACUUGGCAACAAAACCGUUACGUUCUUUCAAACGCACAAUCUGUAUUGCUCAUAAUGCAAAAGCUUUUGAUGCUCAAUUUAUUUUACGAUAUUUUGCUACGCGAGGUAGUAUGAAUGAGAUGCCAUCAAUAAUAUUAAAUGGUACAAACAUCGUUGUAAUGACAAUAGGUCACACUACAUUUCUUGAUAGCUUAAAUUAUUUUCACAUGCCGUUAAGCGCUUUACCGAAAGCUUUUGCACUUGACAGUUGUACUACAAAAGGCACAUUCCCGCAUUUAUUUAAUACACCUGAAAAUCAAAAUUAUAUAGGACCAUUACCAGAUAUAAAAUAUUAUUCACCAUGUUAUAUGCAUAACGAUGAACGCGAACGUUUUUUACUUUGGUAUAACAAGGAAAAACAUUCAAACUAUAUAUUUGAUUUUGCAAAAAAAAUUGUACAAUACUGCAAAAAUGAUGUAACAAUAUUACGCCGAGCUUGUUUAGCUUUUCGUAAAAUGUUUAUUGAAUGCGGUAAGGUUUGUCCUUUCGAGGAGAGUACAACAAUAGCAUCGGCCUGCUCACGUGUUUACCGUAAAAAUUUUCUUCAAAAAAAUAGUAUAGGUAUUAUACCUACAGGGGGUUAUCGGUGGGGUCAAAAACAAUCGCGUAAAGCUAUUUCUUGGUUGAUUUGGAUGGAACAUGAAUUGGGUCGUAUUAUAGCUCAUGCUGGGCGUGGUCGUGAAACACGGCUACCCGAAGAUAUCUUGGUUGACGGUUAUUACGAAGAAACUAUUGAGAACACGAUGAUUAAACAUGUUUUACAGUUUCACGGUUGUUAUUGGCAUGGUUGUCCCCGAUGCUAUACUGUAAAUAGAAACAGCGGUACUACCACUGAUACCAUGGAUACGCGUUUGGAACGCACACAGUUUAUUACAGCAAAAAUUAUAUCUGCCGGAUAUAUUUUAACAGAAAUGUGGGAGUGUGACUAUGAUCGUAUUUUAGCAUCUAGAGAAGAUAUGCGUAUAUUUUUAGAAAAAACCAAACCUCUAUAUCGCUGAAAGUGUUAAAUCCACGUGAUGCCU